UGUAAGACAAUAAGAGCAAGUCAAAGAGAAACUAUGGAAAAAGUUGAUGAGAUGAGACGAUCUCAAGCGAGGUUUGAAGCUGAGGUGAAACAACAGUUGGAAAGAAUGACGGAAAUGAUGAGUCAGUUAUUAGAUGGAAUGGUUCUUACUGGUCCAAUCAACAACCAAGAUAUUAUUGUCAUUGGCGGUCAGUAUGGCCCUAGACAGAAUCAGAUCUCGAAUAUAGUCGAGAAAUACAAUAUAGUAGAAAGAAAGUCAACUCCGCUGCCACGAUUGAAUCGUCCCCUUUUAUCAACAACAUCAUGUGUUUACAACAAUGACGUUCUUAUCGUUGGUGGUUACGAUGGUAAAGAAGGAACUGACAGGAUCGAAGUUUUGAAGAUGAACCAACAUCCUUUGCGAUGGACAAUGCUUGAUGGUAAACUGCCUGUCAAAUUAUCUGGUCAUGACGUUAUAGUUCAUCAAGGAAAAUUAUAUAUAAUAGGAGGAUAUGACCGGGAUGAAAGGAAAACAUUGAAUGCCAUUUAUGAGAUUGCUCUUACCCGACCUUAUACUACCAAGCUGCUGACGAGAAUGCCUGAGGCAAAAAAGAAUCACAGAGCAGAACUUGUUAAUGGAAAACUAUUCAUCUUGGGCGGAACAACAACCGGCCUUAGUAAAGAUGCUCUUGACAGCGUUGUUGUUUAUGAUUUGAUUAAGAAUGAGUUCAAGCCAUGUCCAUCGUUACCUCAGCCUGUUUGUGGUAUGUCCACAGUCACUUGGGGUGAUAAAAUCAUUGUUCUUGGGGGCUCAGAUAGAAAUAAUCGGUCAUUAAAUGACGCUUUUAUGUACGGCACUGAGACUGGAUUAAGUGAGCGACUGCCCUGCAUGAUUUACAAAAGGAAAGGCAGCUCUGCCGUGAUCAUGGAUGGCGUUAUUGUCGUGUUUGGUGGACAUAACGCAGAGCAGGGAUAUCUCAACUCAGUGGAAUCUUUCACCAUUGGUGGAGAUGGCUGGAAAGAAUUGCCAGGAAUGAUAGAAAAACGACUUCUAUCCACUGCGGUUGUUAAACCUCACGACUGA